AGAGAAACCGACAGGUGGCGGUAGAGCAAGGAAGCAAACCGCCCAUUAAACACAGAAGAAGAACAAACUUGCACAGCUGAAGUUGUUGGACAUGGCUGCAGCGGAGGAGUUCUUUCCAGGAAUUGCCAGGAUCCAGUAUGAGCCCAGCGCAGGUCCAGGGGACGUGUUGUGCUUUAAGCACUACAACGCAGACGAAGUGCUCAUGGGGAGGACAAUGGAGGACUGGCUGAGGUUCUCCGUCUGCUACUGGCACUCCUUCUGUGGAACAGGUGCUGAUCCUUUUGGCUUUCAGACGCUCCAUCGGCCUUGGAAUGAAGGAACUCCUAUGGAGUCGGCCAAGAAGAGGCUCCAUGCUGCUUUUGAGUUUUUCACUAAGCUUGGUGUUAAAUAUUACACGUUUCAUGACAGAGACAUGGCUCCUGAGGGCUCCACGCUGGAGGAGUCCAACAAGAACCUGGAUGAAAUAACAGACCUGGCUCUGCAGUUGCAGAAUCAGACUGGAGUCAAGGUGCUCUGGGUCACCUGCAACCUCUUUGCCCACCCGAGGUACAUGAACGGUGCAGCCACUAACCCUGACUGUCACGUCCUGGCCUACGCUGGUGCUCAGGUCAAAAAGGGACUGGAUGUCGCCAAGAAGCUGGGUGCAGAAAACUUUGUGUUUUGGGGAGGAAGAGAAGGUUUUCUGUCCAUUCAUAAUACUGAUGUUGCCGCUGAGCUGAAUCACAUGGCCGCCUUCUUCAAAAUGGCUGUCAAGUACAAAGAGAAGAUUGGGGCAAAGUUUCAGUUUCUCAUUGAACCGAAGCCAAAGGAGCCCUGCAGACACCAGUAUGAUUAUGAUGCUAUGAGUGUUAUAGGUUUUCUCAAGCAUUAUGGUCUGGACAGUCACUUCAAGCUUAACAUUGAGCCCAACCACACCACGCUGGCAGGACACUCCUACGAACAUGAUAUUGUCAUGGCCUCCGCGUUUGGGAUGCUGGGUUCGGUUGACUCAAACACUGGUUCUCCGGACUUGGGCUGGGACACAGAUCAAUUCCCCAUGGACAUCAGGAAUGUCACCAUGGUGAUGAAGACCAUCAUUGAACAAGGUGGUCUGCAGCCAGGAGGCCUAAACUUUGAUGCCAAGGUGCGCAGAGAGUCCACUGAUCUGGAGGACCUGUUCAUCGCCCACGUCGGAGCCAUGGACGCCUUUGCAAGAGGACUCAGGAACGCUGUACGAAUCAUUGAGGAUGGGAUAGUCAGUGAGAUGAUGAAGAAGCGAUACUCAAGCUUCAGUCAUGGUUUUGGACUGAAGGUGGUGGAGGGUUCUUCCUCGUUAGAAGACAUGGAGGCCUUCAUCAAGCAGAAUGGGGAACCCAAGAUCACUUCAGGAAAGCAAGAAAAAUAUGAGCUGAUCUUUAAUCACUACAUAUAAUAAAUAAUGGUACAAACAUUGUGCUUCAUUCAAAUGAGAUGAAAAGUUACCAGGGCACCACAGAUUUUGAAAUUGUUUCACUAAGAAAUAAAGUGUAAAAUAAUAACAAAAGAUACAUUCAGUCACUGUAGAAAUGUAAUUUGGUAAUAAAACUAAUUUUCACAAUAAA